GGCUACGACCCAAAGAAUGAUCACCCCAAUUUAGGAGACAUUUAAUAAAAAGGGGGCGCUCUCCCUUCUCCCGCAUUUUAUGAUCCCCCUCAUCGCGCGGGAAAGAGGAAGAAGUCGGGUUAAUCGGGGACCAGGAGCGGUAUAGACGAGGAGAAAGGAUAACUCCUGGCCUUGAGGAGCCCGCUCCUGAGGGGGCCAGCGUGAUGGGGAUGAGCAGGGCAUCUUUGGAACCGGGCCUUCUCCACAGGAAGGGGAGGCGAGCUCUGGGCACGGUCCUCGGCACCACCUGUGCGACUCGGGAUCCAACCUCCCCACACCAGCCCCAGCCUAGCCUUACUUCUCGUUUGCCAAAAACCGGAGAAACCAUCCAUGGACAUAAGUUUUUCAUUGGCUUUGGAGGGAAAGGUGCCAACCAGUGUGUCCAAGCUGCCAGGCUUGGAGCAAAGACGGCCAUGGUGUGCAAGGUUGGCAAAGAUUCUUUUGGCAAUGAUUACAUAGAAAACUUUAAACAGAAUGAUAUUUCUACAGAAUUUACAUAUCAAACUAAAGAUGCUGCUACAGGAACUGCUUCUAUAAUUGUCAAUAAAGAAGGCCAGAAUAUCAUCGUGAUAGUGGCUGGAGCAAAUUUACUUUUGAAUACUGAAGACCUGAGAGAAGCAGCCAAUGCCAUUAGCAGCGCCAAAGUAAUGAUCUGCCAGCUAGAAGUAACUCCAGCGAUUUCUUUGGAAGCCCUAACAAUGGCCCACAGCAGUGGAGUGAAAACAUUGUUCAACCCAGCUCCCGCCACUGCUGACCUGGACCCCCGGUUCUACACCCUCUCAGAUGUGUUCUGCUGCAAUGAAACUGAGGCGGAGAUUCUCACCGGCCUGGCGGUCAGCAGCCCCGCGGACGCGGGGAAGGCCGCGCUGGUGCUCCUGGAAAGGGGCUGCCGCGUGGCGAUCAUCACCUUGGGUGCUGCGGGGUGUGUGCUCCUAUCUCAGGCAGAGCCUGUUCCAAAGUACAUUCCCACGGAGAAGGUCAAGGCUGUGGAUACCACGGGUGCUGGUGACAGUUUUGUAGGAGCUUUGGCCUUCUACCUGGCUUACUACCCAAAUCUGUCCUUGGAAGAAAUGCUCAAGAGAUCCAAUUUCAUCGCAGCAGUCAGUGUCCAGGCUGCAGGGACACAGUCAUCCUAUCCAUACAAGAAGGACCUGCCACUUGAUUUGUUUUGAUUGCUACUAACUCAAAAAUAAAAAUACCUGGAAAUAAAAUGUUC